CGGAGUCAUCUGAAGCACUUCUACCCGGUUUAAUGUUUUGCAUUACUUCAGCUUGUUUGUGAAACCGUUUUUCUUGAUGUUGUUCGACUUUGGUGAGAAGAUUCUUCACAGUCUGAUGACCCCGUCCAGGGGUUGAGCUGCAGAGCGAUGAAGACAGGCUCCCAAAUCCGCCUGUUACUAUGGAAGAACUGGACUCUUCGCAAAAGGCAGAAGAUCCGAUUCCUGGUGGAGAUUUCCUGGCCCGUCUUGUUAUUCAUUGGUCUGGUGUGGCUGAGGAAGGCCAAUCCUCUCUACCAGCAGCAUGAAUGUCACUUCCCCAACAAGGCCUUGCCUUCGGCAGGGAUUCUCCCCUGGAUGCAGGGUAUCUUUUGCAACGCUAACAACCCCUGCUUCAGAUAUCCAACACAGGGAGAGUCACCGGGCAUCGUUUCCAACUACAACAACUCAGUACUGGCACAAUUCUACGUUGACAUCCAGGAGCUUCUGCUUAAUGAGACAGAGGUCCGGCAGUAUGGUAGACUUUGGCGUGAGAUGGCGUCCUUCUCAAACUUUAUGGACACGUUACGCAACAAUCCGUCCGCCGUUGCAGGCCGUGGGCUGAAGAUUGAUGACGUUCUGAAGGACGAUGAGAUCCUUACGGCCUUCCUGUUAAGAGACGCAGGCCUCUCUGAAUCUGUUGUUUACCAACUGGUCAAUGCCCAGCUACGUCUGGAACAGUUUAGUUUUGGUAUCCCAGACCUACAGUUGAAAGACAUAGCAUGCAGUCAAGCCUUGCUGGAGCGCUUUAUCAUCUUCCCCAGUCGAAUGGGACUCCAUGGGGUGCGCAAUGCCAUGUGUGCCCUCAGCCAGCAAAGGCUGCAGAGAAUUGAAGACAUCCUUUAUGCAAAUCUGGACUUCUUCAAGAUCUUCAGACUGAUGCCUCAGGUUCUGGACAGCCAGGGGAUUGAUCUACAUUACUGGGGUCUGGUUCUCAAGGGAGCGUCAGAGAAGAUCCAAGUUCUGCUGAAACGAGAGAGCUCUCAGGAGCUCCUCAGGGUGGCCUCCUCUCUGUUCCAAGCUGGGGGUCCCUCCUCCUUCACCCAGCUGAUGUCUGGGGUGUCCAGCCUGUUCUGCGGAUACCCAGAAGGAGGGGGCUCCAGUGUUCUGUCCUUCAACUGGUAUGAAGACAACAACUACAAGGUGUUCCUGGGGGUGAAUGGCAGCAAAAAUCACAACUAUGUCUAUGAUGACGCCACCACUCCGUUUUGUAAUUCCCUGAUGCAAACCCUGGAGUCCAACCCCGUCACAAAGAUUGUGUGGAAUUUCGUCAAGCCCCUGCUGAUGGGAAAGAUCCUGUACACGCCCGACUCCCCGGCCGUCCGACAGAUAUUAAAGAGUGCUAAUACAACAUUUGAGGAGCUGGAGAGACUCCAGAACAUGGCCAAGGCCUGGGAGGAGGUUGGACCUCAGCUGUGGGCUUUCUUCAACAACAGUGUCCAGAUGAACAUGAUCAGGGACACCCUGAGGAACCCAACAGUGAUGGACUUCGUUGACAACAGUCUGGUGGAAAGCACGUUUUCAACUAGAGAUAUUCUCAACUUUCUGCACAACGGGCCAGAGGCUGACAGGGAGGAGGGAAUGCCAAACUUGGACUGGCGGAAUAUUUUUAACAUCGCUGACCAAAUCAUACGCAUGUUCAACCAAUACGGAGAGUGUGUCAGCCUGGAUAAGUUUGUGGCUUACACAGAUGAGUCCCAGAUGAUUCAUCAGGCUCUGUACCUGCUGGAGGAGAACAAGUUCUGGGCAGGUGUGGUUUUUAUGGACAUGUAUCCCUGGACCACAACCGUUCCUCAACACGUCAAAUACAAGAUCCGCAUGGACAUAGACUCAGUGGAGAGGACCAACAAGAUUAAAGACAGAUACUGGGAUCCCGGCCCCAGAGCGGACCCAAUGGAGGACCAGAGGUACCUGUGGGGUGGCUUUGCGUACCUGCAGGACAUGAUCGAACAUGGGAUCAUCAAGCUUCACACCGGAAAUGACUGGCCACUGGGGGUUUACGUUCAGCAGAUGCCAUAUCCUUGCUACGUCGAUGACCUCUUCAUGAUCACAUUGAACCGCUGCUUCCCCAUGUUCAUGGUUUUGGCCUGGAUUUAUUCAGUGUCCAUGAUAGUGAAGAGCAUCGUCUUAGAGAAGGAGCUGCGCCUCAAAGAGACCCUCAAAGCCAUGGGGGUCAACAAUGGGGUCAUUUGGUACACAUGGUUCAUCGACAGCUUCAUCAUGAUGACUGCAAGCACAGCGCUGCUGACAGCCAUCAUAAUUGGCGGAAAGGUGCUGAAUUAUAGCGACCCACUCCUUGUCUUCUUCUUCCUGCUGAUUUUCACUGUGGCCACCAUCAUGCAGUGUUUCCUGAUGAGUGUGUUUUUCAACAAAGCCAACCUGGCUGCUGCCUGCAGUGGAAUCAUCUACUUCACCUUCUACCUGCCUCACAUCCUGUGUUUUGCGUGGCAGGACCGCAUUACCAGCAACAUGAAAUUGGCGGCAAGCUUGCUCUCUCCUGUAGCCUUUGGCUUUGGGACCGAAUACCUUUCACGGUAUGAAGAGCAAGGUUUGGGCUUGCAGUGGAACAACAUUCAGACCAGCCCCUUAGAGAAAGACACUUACUCCUUCCUCACCUCCAUCCUCAUGAUGGUGUUUGAUGCCGUCCUCUAUGGAAUCCUGGCCUGGUAUCUGGACAACGUGUUCCCAGGACAAUAUGGCAUCGGUCGACCGUUCUACUUCCCUCUUCAACCCUCCUACUGGCAGAAACCUGCACCGUCGUACCAAGAAAUUACCGAGCAAGAUUCCAAGAAACCAGAAGCAGAGAACCAGGAGCUGGAUGUUGAGAGCAGAGGCACGCCCGAGACUUAUACUUGCAAUGGCUCGGCCAGCAAGAAAACCUGCAAGCACCAAAGUAAGAGAGAGCGCCUGGAGAGAGAAAGGGAGCUGCUGAAACAACAACAAGAAAAUCCAAACCAGGAGGAGGAGGAGGAUGCGAAUGCUAGGAGUGAAGGUCCGGUGUUCUUUGAGCAGGAUCCCCUGGGCCUGGUGUUGGGGGUGCAGAUCCAGGAUCUGGUCAAGGUGUAUGACGGAAGCUCUCGUCCAGCUGUGAACUGUCUCAACAUCUGUUUCUACGAAGGGCAGAUCACAUCCUUCCUGGGGCACAAUGGGGCUGGAAAAACAACAACACUGUCCAUUCUUACUGGUCUCUAUCCUCCCACAUCCGGCACAGCCUACAUCAACGGAAGAGACAUUAAAACAGACAUAGACAUCAUCCGUACAUCUAUGGGCAUGUGCCCUCAAUACAACAUCCUCUUCAAUCAUCUCACAGUGGAGGAGCACAUCCUGUUCUACUCGCUGCUGAAGGGUCGGACUCCAGACGAGGCUCAGGCAGAGGUGGAGAACAUGUUGUUGGACCUUGGCCUGUCUCACAAGCGAGACGAAGAGGCUCAGAACCUUUCAGGCGGUAUGCAAAGAAAACUGUCUGUUGCCAUGGCAUUUGUCGGAGGAUCCAAGGUUGUCAUUCUGGAUGAGCCCACCUCAGGAGUGGACCCGUAUUCCCGAAGAUCCAUUUGGGAUCUCCUGCUGAAAUAUAGAACAGGCCGCACCGUGAUUCUGUCUACACAUCACAUGGAUGAGGCCGACCUGCUGAGUGACCGAAUCGCCAUCAUCUCCAAAGGACAGCUUUACUGCUGCGGGUCCCCCCUUUUCCUCAAAAACUGUUUUGGAGUCGGCUUUUAUCUAACACUCGUACGCCGCAUGAAGGACAUCAGGAAGCGAGAGAAUGAAUGCGAUUGUGCUUCAGACUGCUCGUGUUCCUGCUCCAUCUGCACCAAAUACAAAGAUCAGUCUCAGAAUCAGCACCAGCAACUAGACAGAGUUCUGGAGGGGGACAUCGACAACAUCACCAGUCUGAUCCACCACCACGUUCCCGAGGCAAAGCUCAUUGAGACCAUCGGACAGGAGUUGACCUAUUUGCUCCCUAACAAAGGGUUCAAACAUCGAGCCUAUGCCAGCCUGUUUAGAGAGCUGGAGGAAACUCUUGCUGAUAUGGGUCUGAGCAGCUUUGGCAUCUCUGAUACAUCCUUAGAGGAGAUAUUUCUAAAGGUCACAGCAGAUGGAGAAGCAGCAAAUAAUGCCACCACUGCUGAACAGUGGAUGUUGCAGGGAAGACAAAAUGGCAGCAAAGUUGGUGUAGGCCAAGAGGAAGAGAAUAACGGUGUAAAUGGGAUUACCGCUGACUGCAGUGCAGGGAAGGGAUCCAGACAGGUGAAGGGCUUUUCACUAAUCCUGAAGCAUUUCCAUGCUUUGCUGGUGAAGAGAUUCCAUCACGCUACGAGAAGCAGAAAAGACUUCCUGGCACAGAUUAUGCUUCCUGCCACUUUUGUCCUUAUUUCUCUGAUCUUCACGCUGAUUGUCCCUCCAUUUGGAGAAUAUCCCAGCCUAACUCUGACGCCCUGGAUGUACGGACAACAGUUCACCUUCUUCAGCAAUGAGCGUCCGUUUGACCCCAGAAUGAAGCACUUCACAGAUCGUUUGUUAAGCAUGCCGGGCCUUGGCACACGAUGCAUGCACAGAGAGCUGUCAGAGAUGAUGUGCAACACCAGUGCCUCAGACUGGGAGCAACCUGGCGUCUCCCCUGUGGUCCACAACAUAUUACAGAGUCCUGAAUGGAACCAACGCAAUCCGUCGCCUUCCUGCCAGUGCAGCACCAACAAGAAGCUGACCAUGAUGCCCAUCUGUCCUGCUGGGGCGGGAGGCUUGCCCCCUCGGCAGCGGGUGGAGGCCACGGGAGACAUCAUGCUGGAUCUGACCGACCGGAAUAUCUCAGACUAUCUGGUGAAAACCUACCCCAGUCUCAUCAGAACCAGCUUAAAGAGCAAAUACUGGGUGAAUGAACAAAGGUAUGGAGGCCUCUCCAUAGGAGGUCAACUUCCCAUCCUAGAUGUGGAUCCUAGAGACAUCCAGAAUUUUUUCCAUCAGCUGGGACGGAUGCUCAACAUAACGGGGGGUCGUUACUCCAGACUUGCCCUGAGGGAGAUCGGUACGUUCCUACACUUCAUGGAGAGCGAGUUUCAUGUAAAGGUGUGGUAUAAUAACAAAGGCUGGCACGCCAUGGUGGCCUUCAUGAAUGUGGCCAAUAACGCCAUUCUGCGAGCCUUCCUCCCUUCGUUCGCCAAACCUGUCGAGUAUGGGAUCACCGCCAUCAAUCACCCUCUGAAUCUCACCAAAGAGCAGCUUUCUGAAGUCACUGUGUUGACCACUUCAGUGGAUGCCGUUGUAGCGAUCUGUGUCAUUUUCGCCAUGUCCUUCAUCCCUGCCAGCUUCGUCCUCUACCUCAUUCAGGAGCGAGUGACCAAAGCCAAGCACCUGCAGUUUGUCAGUGGAGUGAGUCCUUGUGUUUACUGGGUGGCCAACUUCUUCUGGGACUUGAUGAACUACUUUCUCAGCACUGCAAUGGUGGUUGGCAUUUUCCUGGCAUUUGAUAAAAAGUGUUACACGUCACCAACUAACCUCCCAGCAUUAAUAGCUCUUCUUCUUCUUUACGGGUGGUCAGUGACACCCAUGAUGUACCCCAUGUCCUACGUAUUCAGUAUACCAAGCACUGCGUAUGUGUCUCUGUCCUGCAUCAAUCUGUUUAUUGGCAUCAACAGCAGCGCCAUCACUUUCAUCCUGGAACUCUUUGAAAACAAUCGGUCUCUGCUGACGUUUAACGAGUGGCUGAAGAAAUUGCUGCUGGUGUUUCCUCACUUCUGCCUGGGGCGAGGACUGAUCGACAUGGCCAUGAAUCAGGCUGUAACUGAUGUCUACGCCAGGUUUGGUGAAGAAUACAAAAUGGAUCCUUUUCGGUGGGACUUUGUGGGAAAAAACAUAUUUUUUAUGCUAGUGGAAGGCUUUGUGUACUUUAGUUUCAACCUUUUGAUCCAGUAUCGGUUCUUCUUGGACCACUGGCUACCAGACUGUAAACAGGCUGUAGUACAAAAUGAGGAUGAGGAUGUUGCAGAGGAAAGGCGGAGGAUAUAUGAGGGAGGAAGCAAGAAGAACAUCCUGCAGAUCAGAGACCUCUCAAAGACGUAUGUGGGCAGAAAGAGGGCAGCUGUGGACCGGAUUUGUGUGGGAGUCCCUGCAGGCGAGUGUUUCGGCCUUCUGGGAGUUAAUGGAGCUGGGAAGACAACAACUUUCAAAAUGUUGACAGGUGACACUGAUGCCAGCUCUGGAGAAGCUACCGUGGCUGGUUACAACAUCCUGACAGAAAUACUAGACGUGCACCAGAACAUGGGCUACUGCCCCCAGUUUGAUGCCAUUGAUGAGCUUCUUACCGGCAGGGAGCAUCUCUACCUUUACGCCCGACUCAGAGGGGUGCCUGAGUCAGAGAUCCCCAGAGUGGCAGAGUGGGGCAUCCAGAAGUUGGGCUUGACAGAAUACGCUGGCUGCAGCGCAGGAACCUACAGCGGAGGCAACAAGCGUAAACUGUCCACAGCUAUUGCAAUGAUUGGCUGCCCUGCACUGGUCCUGCUGGAUGAGCCGACGACUGGGAUGGAUCCGCACUCUCGGCGCUUUCUGUGGAACGCUAUUAUGAGUGUGAUUCAGGACGGCAGGGCUGUGGUGCUAACGUCACACAGCAUGGAGGAGUGUGAAGCUCUAUGCACCCGACUGGCCAUCAUGGUCAAUGGGACCUUCAAGUGUCUUGGUACCAUCCAGCACCUCAAAUACAAAUUUGGUGACGGCUAUGUUGUGACAAUGAAAAUCAAGGCGGCUAAAGCAGGCUUGUCUCCAGAACUGGAGCCUGUGGAGAGCUUUAUGGAGAGCUCCUUCCCCGGCUGUGUUCAGCGGGAGAAACACUACAACACGCUGCAGUAUGAAAUUGCCUCAUCCUCCCUGGCGAGGAUUUUCCAGUUGGUGGUGGCCAAUAAAGACAGGCUCAGCAUCGAAGACUACUCUGUUUCCCAGACAACACUGGACCAGGUGUUUGUCAACUUCGCCAAGCAACAGACGGGAGAGGACGACGAUGUGAGGCUGCACAGACGAACAGCAAGAAAAGACAUGAAGAUCUCUCCCGUGAAGAGGAAAUAAUGGGCAGCCACUUCUAAAUACUCUGAAAAAAACCCAGAAGGGUUUCCCUGCAUAGCAGUUAAUAUGAUACACAUUCCAUAACCCAGCAGCCUCGUCUAAAACUUUUGCUAACCAAGGUGUUCGUGAGUUAGUGAGGCCAUUCACCUGCCAAGUUGGUUUCUGCAGCCACAGCCAAACUCCAAAUGCCUUUGGCUCCUGAUGGGGAUUAAUUUGACCUGAUAUACCAAGCAUGUGUGACUCAUGAUUAUGACUUACAGUGUCUGUUAGCCCACAGAGACUGAUGUUGAAACAGAGAAAACCGCUCAUCGGACUGAUGGGUUAUUUAAAUAUGUACAUAUUGUAUAAGUUAUGAAUUAUUAAGCUUCCUAGACUUUUUUUUGUCUAUAUUAAAAACACAAAUCUAUUUUAUUAGGCAUAUGUACAUGAAAUAUUUAUUUGUCCUCAGACUGACUGAGUGCAAAAUAUGUUUACCAUUGCUUUUGUUCUGUUUGGUCAUUUGCUAUGCAUUAAAGUUUAUCUGCUGUGUUUUA